ACAAUUGUUUAGUUUUAAGCCAAAAUGUUUAUUUCGUUUUAUUAAAAAUCUUAUUUAAUAUUAGCCCGAGUGCGAUAUCGACUGCGAUUAUGAAUUAAAUGGUGAAGACCCCGACAUUUUAGAUAUUAUAUGUAUAAGUGUAAAAUGUAGUUAUAAUACAUAUCAUCAAAAACAACAAUGCUGGCUUUUCGAUUCAUCUCAUUUGUUGUAUUUGUAUUUGGUGUUUUCGGCGUCGAAGAAAAAUGCCCAACAAAAUGCUCUUGUAAAGCUACUGACCCGCAAGGAGGCUUCUUCAAAAUGUCUUGCGUUCAAACAGAAAAAAUACGCCAUUUAGACGAACUGAAUUUACUGAAUUUAGCUAACGAAUUAAUCCAAUUAAAUCUAUCAGGAAAUGGAUUGUCUUCCUUUUCGCCAAAAGUGGAAUUAAUCGUUCUACAAAAACUGGACUUGAGUAGAAAUGAAUUAACUGAAUUAAAAGCUGGCCAAUUUAACGAAGUGCCAAAUUUAAAGAAACUAGAUUUAUCACAGAACAAUAUAAAAUACAUUGACUUGCUGGCUUUUGAUCACUUGUAUCAUUUGGAGAAGUUAAAAUUGAAUCGUAAUCAAAUCGGCGCUAUAAUGACAGGAACUUUCGUACCUCUUGAAAACAUCAAACAACUUGAUAUAUCGAUGAAUCCUUUGGUGUGUGAUUGUGGUCUUCUGUGGCUGCUCGAUUGGAUCGAAACACAUUCAGUGAAGUUACUAUCCAAUCCUAAAUGUGCUUCUCCUUCAACUUUUGAAGGUCGUUCUCUUAGAAAACUGCGAGUAGGUGAUGAUAUUCAUUGCAAAUCACCUGCCGGUAACGCCGGUCUGUCUUACAUCGAGCUCAAACCAGACGAGAGCCAGGUCGUUUUCGAGGGAGAUUCAUUGACCAUUCAAUGCCACAUACCCAGUAUAUCGGACUCGAUGGAAGACACCACGAUCCGAUGGAAUUGGCUACAAGUCGACGCCGAAUCUCAUUUCUCCGAUAUCCGAGUAGAAAACGAAUUACUGGGCAGCGCCGGUCGAAUUUCCAGUACUCUUUUCCUACCCAAACUUAGCGAGUAUCACACCGGCACGUGGAAUUGCGAAUCCUCCUCAAUACGCAGUAACAGCAGCGAUCGAUCCAAGAGCAUAUCAGUUAUUGUGAUAACAAACACGACUAGAUUCUGUCCUAUUAGUACAACGAAAACCAACAAAGGCACUUACAAUUGGCCUCGCACUGUAGUCAAUCAUACUGUAGAUUUACCUUGUGAAUCCCCGAAUUUAAAUUACGACGUUUCCCAGCAAAGAGCCUCGUACACGUGCACUGAAACGGGAAUAUGGGCAGGAUUAAACACUUCCACUUGCCCGUACGUUUCAGAUACUACCAGAAUUCUCAGGCAGUUUUCUGAGGUAUCGGAGAGUAUCGAAGAAAGCGCAAAGCACUUCAGAAACUAUACGUGGAAUGUAAGCUUAUUUGCAGAUACAGUGGAUUUAUUUUACGCUGUAAGUACAAUAGAGAGUUACAUUGACUUGGCUCCUGAAGGUAGAGAGAGAUCUGUAGCGGGAAUUUUAAUGGAGGCUAUUGAUCGCCUAAUGGAAUUGCCAGGAGAGUACUUAAGAAGGGCGGAGAUCGAGUUUGGGACAUCCAGGAUGUUGGUGAGAGUGAUGGAGAGAAUUGCUGUAGUUUCAGGCCACACGGAUUUUCGUAAAAACAAUUUGGCCAUCGAAGUGUUCCCAGUUGAGAGGGACUCGUUCACAGGUUUAACUUGCACUUUAUUCGUCGAUCCUUCGGAUAGAAAGGAUUCGAUGUUUUCAUGCAGCUCGUCUCACCAACAAGUCGCCUUGACCUACCUUGGAAAAGUUGCCGAAGCUUCGGUAACGGUUCCGGAACAUUUUUUCCUUGGGAUGAAUUUAACUGGAAAAUUAUCGGAUUUACUGGUCGCCGUGCAUUCGUCAAGCAAGCUCUUUUCGAUAGACGAUGCAAGGUACGGAAAGGAAGACGUUACGUCGUCUAUUGCUGGAGUGCAUUUAGUUGACGUUGAGGACAGCAAUCUCACAUCACCCAUAUACGUAAUGCUAAGGACACCAGCCACCCGACUGUACGAAAUUAACCCGUUCGUACCGGUCCGGUGGGAUUCCAUCCUUGAGAAUUGGACAUCCGAAGGUUGCGAUUUCUCUCACACUGUCGACCAACAUUCUGUGUUCACUUGCACUCGUUCUGGUUAUUACGGAUUACUGCAAGAUGUGACCGGAUCGGAUGCCUCUGAUAGCAGAUUCGAAUCGAAGCUACCCCAUCCGGCCGUUUACUUAGGGGUUUUUGUGCUAUUUACCUCUCUAAUGGUGGUUAUUGUGACGUAUUUGUUGUGUUAUUCGACUAUACAGAUCCCGAAGAGAUCGAAGCAUUCGUUGAUUAACACAUGGGUGGUGAUUUGCUUAUUGGGAUUUUUUUACGUGUUCGGAGUGUAUCAAACGGGCGAUUUAAGGGUUUGUAGGGUAGUAGGAGUGAUUUUGCACUACCUGACAUUGUGCUCUCUAUUGUGGACGUGCGUCGGGGUGAAUUGCAUGUACAAGAGAUUGAGUAAGAGGGUGGUGGUGGCGCACGAAGAAGAUGUAGACUUUACCGUAAGAAAACCGAUAUUGGGGUUGUAUUUGGUAGGCUGGGGGGUGGGUUUGAUCGUGUGCGGGUUAUCUGCGGCGAUUAACAUCAACGAAUACGCAUCGGAGAGUUAUUGCUUCCUCAAACCAGGUCCCGCUCUGAGCGCUCUCUACGUUCCCUGCGCGGUGAUUUUGGUCGUGUUGAUAAUAUUUUUGUUGCUCGUUCGGUGCUCCAUUUACGACGACGCCAACGGCGGUUUGAGCGAGGGCACCCAAGUGACCGAGCACGUCGACUUGGACUUGUUAGAACCGAAUUUCUCCAACGUCGGAGCGGUCGACUGUCGCAGCUUGAGCAGUUUGAGCGAGUUGGAGGAUCCCGAACACUCGCCGUCCGCUCAACUCAAGGCCCACUGGAUCUUUUUGUCGGUGUACGUGCUGUGCUGGCUGGGCGCCGCGUUCGCCGCCGAAAGCCCCUUCGGCUUGUUCCAUUUCGAACGGGAGCUGUUCAGCGUCAUCUUCGCUCUAUCGGCGACGACAUUGAGCGCGUUCACGUUGUUCUUCUACUGCGUCGCGAGGAGCGACGUGCGCGUGCAAUGGGUGGUGUUGACCCGCUGGUUGAAGCGCAAACGAUUGGAGUUCGAAUCUCGGAACGUCGAGCCUCGUCAGUUCACCGUGGAAAAUAGAAUAGCGGGCUCCAACAGCAGCAGAACGUCGAAUUCGAGGCAGAGCAAUCUGCUCAAAGGCGCCGUCGGUUUGAAUUUAAACGGAUCGUUGAGCGAUAACCGAGACGCCAAGGCCAACGCGGUUAAUUUAGUGGUGUUGCACCGCGCGCAAUACCUCAUUCCCAAUAUCAUCGAGAACCCCACGAAUCCCGAGGUGUUUUACAAUCCCUACCAAAGCGUCGUGGCGAGGAAAUUCUUCAAGCGACAGAAAAAACGGAAGAACGCCAUCAGAGGAGUGAACGACGCCGGGAAAUCGAGCGAGUCGCGUACGAACGGCUUUAGAACGAACGUUCAAACUGAUAGACCUCGCAAAUCCCACCGCGUAGACUCGAUUUCCAUCGACCCGGACGCUAACGAGGAUAAUCCGUUACCGGCUCGAUUGGGACGCGAGCGAAGAGAGCGGGAUUUGACGUGCAGCUCGGAACAGGACGAUACCGGUUCGGAGUCUAACAAACGCGAGGGCGUCGUCGAAGGGUUGCGUUCGAUUCGCAGAGAUAACAGCCCGUUGAGCGUGCUGGCCGAUCGCAAUUCCGAUUGCGUCUACGGGAAUUCGGUGAAAACGUUGUCCGCGUUGGGCGCCGAGUCCGAUAAAGUCGCCGCCGAAAUGGCGGCGGAGUUGGACGAUGAAGGCGGGAGCUGGCGGGCGGGCGUCGGCGACGGGCAGAGCAAUAUGUCCGUCAGCGAUUUGGAUGAAUUGUACCGGCAAAUACGAAGGGGUAGAUCGGAGAGUCGACCUUGCAGAAGGAAAUGCCCGGAUUACGAGAGUUCGUGUCUAUCGGAUUCCGAAGUUAAUUCGUUCGUGGGAGUCGGAGGGCGCAGGAAAGGAGAAAUUGAUAGGCUUAGCGAUGAUUUGGAUACGAGGGUGUGAGGAAUUAUGGUCGUAAUUUUUUUGUAUUGCCUGCAAUGUGUGUCUUAUCAUCAGCAGUACCUCUACCUCCGGUUUUUUUGCAGUGAAUGUUGUGUGAAUGCUUGUUUAGGUAGGCUAUAAUGCAGAAAAUUUUCGUAUUUCUGGUGAUGCAUCGGUUGCUUCCUUUUUACAUUGUUGCCUUAUCGUGUGUAAAAUGUAAAUAUGUUGUAAAAAUGGCGUGUUCUUUGCGAAAAAUUUAUCGAACGUACAAUUUAUAAAGACUGUUAAGAUAAUAUUUAUAUAUUUAUUCGAUGGAAUUUUUGACUGCUAAAGAGGUUGAUUAAGAGAUUAUGAAAAGUCAUUCUUUGUUUCGAAUUAUUUUUUAUUUUGUAUGCUCGAAUGUAAUUAAUUUAUUUUGUAACAAUCGCGAAUUAAAAUGUAAAUGUAAGUAA